CUUAGACUCCCUGACUGUAUGUAUUCGUAUGGCAGCUGUCGCAGUGUAUAAUAUAAACAAAUAGUGGAUAGAACUUACGUUUUUUAAAUUAACAAAUAACGACUGUAAAUACAAUUCAAGAAUCAUAACUGAUGUACUUUCGUAACCCAAAGGAGUUGGGUAGAAUUAUCCUGUUGUUGAUUCAACGUGAGAGGUAAAAGAAGGUAUCGAUAUUUAAGCGAACGAAAAAGCUAAUAAUACUAAAUGUACAAUGACUAAAUUGACCAAAAUAAAGUUUAGGGAUCAAAUGAAAUCCAACAAAAGCAAAUUGUCAAAUACCGUUUCUAUGAAACGUGGCAAAAUGAAUAAGAGCAAUUUAAACUUGGUCGAGCGUGAUAGUUACUUGGUCGGUAGUAAUAUUAACAUUGAAACCGUUACAAAUAAAGAACAAAAUGUUUUACACGACAGAAAAAAAUGUUUCAACGAUAAAGUUACAAAGAAACACGGAAAGAAGAAAACGAUGAAAAAGAAUGUAACUGCUCCUAUUACAGAAUUGAAUUCGCAAACAUCUGAAAUUGUACCAGAAUUAUGUAACGAGAAACUUAAUGCUAGUAUACUUUGUACUAAUUCUAAUAAAAAGUCGCACGAGUUUUCAAAUUCUGUUGAAAAUACCAUCCUUUCUAAUUGUACAAUUAGAAUGUCUGUAGAAUCAAAUAAAAGAAGUUUAACAAAUGUAGUACAAAAAUAUAGAACUAGACUCAAAAAUAAACAGAAGAAUCAAGAAAUGAUACAAACAGAACCCGAAAGAAGAAUACUUGAAUACUAUCAAAAAGAUCAUAAGACUAGAGAAACCAAAAAUAGUACUAAAGCAUCGAAUACAAUUAAUACAGUCGUGUUAGGACAAGACAGUUUAAUACCUCCAGAAGAGAAACAUACUAGUCGUUUAGUAAAAAUGCAAAACAAACGAAAAGUAAUAGAGAAAAAUGUAAACAUUAACAAUGCUCAAUUAAAUGUACAAUCACCUAGACUAUUGAGGUCCUCGAGAAAAAGGGAUCAAGUUCUGGAAGAGGGAAUAUUUGAAAUAUCAAGAAAUAAUACCAACAAUACAAAAACUGUACUCACACUACAAAAUAAUAUAUCGACUAAUUGUAAUCGGCAGCACGAGGAGCAUACUUGUUACAGAGAUGACUCUGACGAAGAAAACCAAACGGAAACUUUUAAUCGUAAUACGACGCUAGAGCAUCGUAUAAGUAAAUCGGAAGAAAAUAGUAUGAAAUCAAAUGUGUUGAGAAAUGGAAGCUUAAUUAAUUCGUCGGAACAACGGGUUAAAACAAGGUCUACGAUAAACCGAAGAUAUCAUCAGGAAACGCAGAAUACUCCAACGCUUACUAGUUUAACUUCGAGUACUUCAAACAGGAAUACUCUGAAAUCGGUAUAUAUCGACAAACAAACUUUAAAUGAUGAAAAUAUAUCCGAGUUUGUGUAUGAAAAUCGCGGUAACAAGGAAAAAUUAAAUGAGACUAAAAUGUCCCGUGUAAUUCCGGCCGAAAAUAACUCGAACGUAUAUUCUUGUAAUUUACGCAACGAUAUUUCUUCCCGUGAUGAUGUAUCAAAGAAAGAUCACAGCCAAGAUCGUUCUGUUGUAAACGUAUCGCAACGUCGAAGGAACUUGAACAAUUUUGUUACGAAUUGUCCGGAAAGAGAGUUUUUAAAGCUACAAAAUACCGAGAGUGUUACGCAAGGUAUUCCGCAAACCAAUCUACGACAUCUAGUCGAUUCAAAAUUACAAAACGAUCGUGACGUUUCGAUGGAGAUUGAAAAGGAGGGCACAUACGAAAGCUGUGAAUCCGUUAAAAUUGGAAAUUUAAAAAGGAGUCGGAGUAGAAAGCUGAAAGAAAUGGAAACUAGAGAGUCAGAGUAUUGUAUUCAAAUAAACGAAAACAUCGUGAUAGACAAAAAUUGUACCGACAGUAAGAAAUUGACAGUACCCUUGGUUAGACUAGAAGAUCUUCCUUUGUAUGAGAGAUUACAACUGUUGCGUACUCCGCAUUACAUUGAAAAGAGAACGACGAGUCGAGAAGAGAACGAAACGCAUUAUCGUUCAACGACAGAGAAAAUAAAUAACAAAAUAAGUAUAACGAACAGACGCUUAAAUAAUUGUACGAAUCAGACGACAGCUCUGAGUCAUUCUUUCGAGAAACAGAUGGAAAGUAUACAUCUGGAUAAAAAGAUUGAUACGAAUCGAAAAACAAUCGACUUCAUUUCGUUGAAUCAAUUUACUGAACAAACAUUGAAGAGUAAGGAGACAGAAAAGGUGUCUGUCAAAGAAUCGCACGAUUAUUCCAUUCUGAUUUCGGACGAACAAUGUAACAGUACAUUUGUCAAUCGCAAAUCGGUAGUCGUUAAAGAACAUGUAAAUUCUGAAGAAAACAGAAUCCAAUUGAAAUCUGAUAAAUAUCAAGCCGGUCGGAUGUAA